CUUCCUUCCUUCCUUCCCUCCCUCCCUCCUUCCUUCCCUCGCUCUCUGGGUGCUGAAGUUGGGCGGAUGGCAGGGAAGCAGCUCCGCUAAGGGACCAGCAGCCUUGCUUGGCUUCGCUCCCGGCGGGGAUCCUCCAAGAAGCGCCCAGAGACAGCCAGGCGCGGCCGCCACCAGGGCACUGAAGCAGCUGAAAUGAGAAAAAGGCAGCAGUCCCAAAAUGAAGAAACAUCUGCUGUGUCUGAAGCACCUGGAAACCAAAGGCCCAACAAUACAUGUUGCUUCUGUUGGUGUUGCUGUUGCAGCUGCUCAUGGUAUGUCAUGCAGUCUUGUUCGGUACAGUAUCCAGCACAGCCUCACUGUUAGGAAUGAAGAUAGAGGGGACAAUUCGGGAAGGCCAACACACAUAACCAAAAUGGAGAGCAUCCAGGUUAUAGAAGAGUGCCAAACCCCUCCUGCAGAAGAAAUUCUAUCUUGGGCUCAAAAUUUCGACAAGAUGAUGAAAACACCAGCCGGUAGAAAUAUCUUCAGAGAGUUUCUUCGAACAGAAUACAGUGAGGAGAACCUGCUCUUCUGGCUAGCAUGUGAAGACCUAAAGAAAGAACAGAACAAGGAAGCUAUUGAAGAAAAAGCAAGGCUUAUAUAUGAGGACUACAUUUCUAUACUUUCACCAAAAGAGGUUAGUUUAGACUCACGGGUGCGAGAAGUGAUCAACAGAAAUUUGUUGGAUCCCAAUCCUCAUAUGUAUGAAGAUGCCCAACUUCAGAUCUACACUUUAAUGCACAGAGACUCUUUCCCUAGGUUUUUGAACUCUCAGAUUUAUAAGUCUCUUCUUGAAAGUACUACAGGCUCUACUUCUGAAACUUAGAUCUAGUUUGGGGAGCUGAAAUAUUGGUUUAGGUUUCUGGGGGGGGGGGGGGGGAAGGACUAUUAGUAUGAAGACAGACGUAACAUUUUAAAAACAGGGGAGCCGUUCUGGAAGCACCCUCACUACGUUGUCCAAAAUGUACCUUUCCACUCCAGGGUCGAGCCCGGGGAAAAAAACUGGUUCUGGUCCUUUGAUGCAGAAGCCAGAUGUGCACGGUGCUGAUUUCCUGAGGACACCCCCCCCUCCCUAUUUCAUCAAGAAACCUGUCCCAUAAUAGCUGGAGCAAUUUUGCACUUUAAGAAAAUGUUGCUUUUUAAAUGAAUAAGGUGAUGCAUGAACAAAUAAAUGCAUGUUAUGUUCAUGCAGCACUGUUUUUGGUAAAGAGCGUACAGGCAACCUGAAGCAGCGGAAAUGGGGAAAGAGAUAGGGCUGAAGACUGAGCUACUGGCAUGUGUGGCUGACAUUUCAUUUACAAAGCUGAGAGGAACUGGGUUCACCCCAUGGCCAGGGGAUGUGCUGUGAACUCUCUUUUUAUAUUACAUCUGUCUUCACCUUAGUAGUUUAAUAACAUCUGGAACUGAGUUCCUGGAGAACUACAGUUUAGCACUACUCAGGCUACUGUGAAGAAAACAAAUACACACAAUGGUUUUGUCUACAAGGUCCUUCAUGCUUGAGUUUGGAAGGGGAGAAGUAGAUUUGCCAAAUCAUAUUUGUUUCACACAGCUUUCACAACUGCAGUUAAGACUGCAAUGAUGUACUUGUCCUUUUAUGGAGAGUUUCCUUGUGUAUCCUCACACUGCAUGUGCAAAGCAAAAUUGCUUCACUUACCACUUAGUUGUUGCAAUAUUUAAUACAACAACAUAAAUUGUAUCUCUCUUUAAGAAAGAACAUUUCGUGCAAUAUGGUCUUACAGUACACAGAAACAUCAUUGGAGCGAGCCGGAAACUAAUUUGCAUUUUUAAAAAAAUGCUCACACUGAAAGAAAUUAGUCCUAAGGUGUGGCAAUUUUAUUCCAAAUGCUCUAUGAAGAGAAAGAAAAGAAACACUGCUAUGUAAGACAGACAACCUUUCUAUAUAAGAAAGAGAGUAAGACUUUGUGUUAUUUAUCAUCAUUUAUUUAAACUUCAAAGCAAGGGAUUCCUCCAGUUGUUGACUGCCAAAACUGUGGCAUUUUUGUUACAGAGUUUGAAAAAUGAAAACAAACAACAAAAAGCACAAACUAUAUGAGGAGAUCCACAAAGGGUGGCACAGUCUAUGUGUUGACAUUGUUUUUAAUUGUUAUUAAGAAGAGAUAAUGUACAUUUCAGAUGUCAGAUAAUGUAAUGGAUUUAUUAAACACUGGUUAUCCAGUUAUCUAACACUUUUGUGUAAUGUUAUGUAAUUCAGAAAAAAGAUACAAAAAUAUCCAUAUGAAUACAUAACCAAGUUUGAUAAUUUAAUGUUUUUUUUAAUUAAACAGAUGCCUACAUGUAGCAUUUCAGUCCACACUGAGGACUAGCAUUUGUCUGUAAAUUAAUUUUUCUUAAAAGUGAUAUUUGAAAGGGAAGGUUUGUGUGUUUAGCACAAACAUAAACACUUAGAAAAGAGAGUAGUAUAUUCUGGCCCAUGUAAUUUUGAAGGAGAUGUUGUGGGCAAAAGAAAUUACGUACAUAGUUGGUGUUAAAAUGCAAACAUAUGAGUCCAAGAAUAAUGCCAUUGGUUGCAGAUUUUGUUCCCCCUUCUUUUUUAGUUGAUGUAAGAUUUCUUUCUAAGUGCUGUCCUGAAGAAGGGAACCUAGACCUCUAACAAUCACAUUGAGCUUGAUAUCCUAGAGGCAUCUUUUGCACAGGCCAUCUCCAAAUGAAUGUGGAUUUAGGCAAAAGCCACUGACACUCUUGUGGAAAUCCCAUUCAUUGUAAAUGUGCAACUGAGUGAUUUUUUGGGGGUAUGCACCCUUUGCUGCUAGUUUAGUUUUGUAGGUAGCUGCUGAACACUUUUAAAAAAUAAUUGAAUAAAUCCUGAUUUUAAGAACUACAUUGUCUUUAAAAAUAAAUAUCAAAUUUUUAAACAAAGACAUGUUGUCUUAAAACUUCUUCAAACCUAAAUAUUACUAUUUAAAAAACAGGCCACAGAAAAAGAUGGAUGUGAAAGGAUGUGCCAUUUUUGUUUUGUUUUUUCCUCCUCUUUUUUUCUUGCUGAGGACACUGGAUCUUAUGCAUGGCGAGAUUUCUGUGAGCCUGAGUCUUCUUUUGUACGUGAACCUGUUGAUAGGAGAAAACUCGUUUUGGAAAAGAAAACCAAAUAUUGCUGUGGUGUUAUCUCAGUAGAAUUUGGUUAGUGAUAGCCCACUGUCUGCAAGUGUUAGCCCAUUGUCUGCAACUGAUUUCUGAAGGGCCGCUCCUGAGCUCAUUGCUACAUAGACAUAAACCACUAAGCAUGCCAAUGGGGCACACUGCCUCCCCUUAAACUUAGCUGGGAUUUCUGCUGGAGCGGUGUUGAGCAGCUUGUCCUCCAAGACUCUGUUGCAGUGGCCAAAAAGAUUCUGUACCAGAGUAGCUGUUUGUUGGUACAGAAUAAGUUUUAUAACUGGAGCAUCCCACGUGAGUCCUAAAAUCUGUGCCAGCAUCCCCUGCCCCCCCGUGCCAGCAUAAUAUCCAGAUUGCUGUCAUGACCCUGUACAGAGAUGUGAAUGCUCCCUACUUCAUUAUUUACUUGCUGGUGAUUAGACUAUUUAUAAGUUAUAGGAAAGAUUCAUUCAUGCAUUCUUUUCUUCUUUCUUUCACUACCUCUUCAGAUUUAAUUUAUUGAACACAUGUUAAAGGGCAGAUGUGGGGAAGUUUUACUUAUUAUUUUACACAUUAUACUUGAAAUCUAUAUGCUUUUAGGUGGGGAGGGAGGGAGAUGUGGACAAUUUAGCUAACUGUUUCUUAAGCUCAUUUAGUUCUUUUGUAAUUUAUAGAGAAUUCAGGAGACAAUGACUUACAAGGGCUAUUCUUUAUUCCCUAUGCAACUCUUUUAACUAUUGUAGUGUGUGACAAAAUGGGGUUUAAAAAAGAAAAAAAAAGGGAGAGAAAAUUCUGCAAAGCAGGAAACAUAAAAAAGGUCUGUUUACACUGGUGUUGCUGACUAUCCUACCAUACUCAGCACUUUUAAAUCUUGUUGUUUAUGAAAAUGUAGUUUAAAAAAAAUGCAAGACAAAAUUAUUUAUAAAGGACAUUCUUUUAAUAAAUACCUGCUUUGUCUGAAAAGUGUUAUUGUGUUAUGAUAUACUUUAUUCAUGUUGGUUGGUUUAUUUACCAUUAUGAAUAAAUGUUAAAAAUAUAUUGAUAGACUAAUACUUUUGAAGAUGUUUACAGAGCUAGACUUUUUUCCCUAGAGGAGGUGGUAGGGGGAAAAGAUCAGCAAAGAAUUGCCUCCACCAACUGUGAAAUUCUCAUAAUGAAAUAAAUUUAAUAUUUGUGUGUUUUUUUUUUCCUAAUCUGAAUUGUAUUACUGUGGUAUUGUGUAUCUAUAGCACCACAGUGAAAUUCAUAUUUACUAUGGUACUCUGCAUAUAUAGCACUCAGUCUGUAUAUAUUUAUAUGGUGUGGAUUUGGGUUUGUUAACCAUGUUUGGGACACAAUUAUCUCUGGUGCACACAACUAGGUACUAUUUAAUUAGAAAAUAUUGCAUGUAUACAACUUUCAAUAUGUAGACUUCAUAUUUUUGAUGUUACUAUUUGAUGGUGACCUGUUAACCAGAAGCGAUCUUUAUAAGAUACUUUUAAUACAGUAAGUGAGUUGUCAAUUUGACAGAAUAUCUUUUCUGAAGAAACAUAAUUAAAAAUUUCAAUUCAAGGGCCAAAAACUAUCACCUUGAAUUCUAGUAUAGGACUUCCUUUUAUCUGUAUUUGUGGGAGGGGGGAAUGUAGCAUUGGAACCAGUUCAGAAAUUUGUUAACAUGAUAUUGCAAUGAGACUAUGUUAACAUUUCAGUCUAAAGGAUUUGCAGACUGACCAUAUGACACGCUACAUUUGAUAUCCAUAUUUGAUGUGGAUUUAUAUUUUUAAUUAAUAGGCUAUUGGCCUUGUACCAUUAAAAAAAAACAGGAAAACAGAUUGUUAGUAUCAAUCUUCUAUGACGAGAAAACACAGAUUUGUUUCAUGCCAGUUUUGCAUACAUCAAACAAAUUUGUUUUCUGAAAUGGAUAUUGGCACCCUUUAAGCACAUAGCAUAAUCUCAUUGCACUCAGUAUAUCUGCGAAAUGUGAGCAGCCAAUGAUAAAACUUCUAGAAAGAUUAUUGUGCAUGCGCUAUAUACAGUAACUUUAAAACAAAGAAAUGCCUAUCUAUAAUUAUUACUUACAGGCAAAAACAGAUUUAAAUGUAUUUAUUUCUCAGUUUUGGAUUUUCAUGAGAUCUCGCAUAUUCAAAAUAAAUAUAA